UAAGUCAGCCCACCGUGGAUCCCAGCCUAUUGGUCUUCUAUAAAAGCCAGAGUUGCCUUCUAAAACGGCCUGCUUUUUCACUCCGGGAAUUGUUGACUUGGAGACUUCGAGAACAUGAAACUGCUUCUCGUCUCAGCGCUGCUGGGGUGCCUCGCAUUUAUUCUAUCCUCAGCUACGGUGUAUGCUGCCCCAGCUGAGGGAAUGGUUAGAUGGUGCGUAAAGUCGGACAAAGAGCUGCAGAAAUGCCACGACCUCGCAGCCAAUGUGGCGCAGUUUUCAUGCGUGAGGAGGGACAACUCUUUGGAAUGCAUCCAAGCCAUCAAGAGGGAAGAGGCUGAUGCUAUCACUCUGGAUGGAGGAGAUAUUUACAUAGCUGGCCUCCACAACUACAACCUGCAGCCCAUCAUUGCAGAGGACUAUGGUGAGGACUCUGACACCUGCUAUUAUGCUGUGGCCGUGGCCAAAAAGGGCACUGACUUUGGGUUCCUCAACCUCCGUGGCAAGAAGUCCUGCCACACCGGGUUGGGCAAAUCUGCAGGCUGGAACAUUCCCAUCGGUACCCUGGUGACUGUGGGCCAGAUCCAAUGGGCCGGCAUCGAGGACAGACCUGUGGAGUCGGCGGUGAGCGACUUCUUCAAUGCCAGCUGUGCUCCAGGAGCCAAUAAGGAUUCUAAACUGUGCCAGUUGUGUAAGGUAGACUGCUCCAGAUCUCACAAUGAGCCCUACUAUGACUAUGCCGGGGCCUUCCAGUGCCUGAAGGAUGGAGCAGGAGAGGUUGCCUUCAUCAAGCACCUGACUGUACCUGCCGCAGAGAAGGCAAGCUAUGAGUUGCUGUGCAAGGAUAACACCAGAGCUCCCAUCGACAGCUACAAGACCUGCCACCUGUCCAGAGUACCCGCCCACGCUGUGGUCAGCCGCAAGAACCCCGAGCUGGCCAAUCGCAUCUACAGCAAGCUGAUGGCCGUCGAGAACUUCAACCUGUUCUCCUCCGAUGGUUAUGCUGCCAAGAACCUGAUGUUCAAGGACUCCACUCAGAAUCUAGUACAGCUGCCAAUGACCACCGACUCCUUCCUCUACCUGGGAGCUGAGUACAUGAGCACUAUACGCUCCCUGACAAAAGCGCAGGCCACAGGUGCCACCUCCAGGGCCAUCAAAUGGUGUGCCGUGGGCCAUAACGAGAAAGUCAAGUGUGACGCCUGGACAAUCAACAGCUUCACAGAUGGUGACUCCAGGAUCGAAUGCCAGGACGCACCCACAGUGGAUGAAUGCAUCAAGAAGAUCAUGCGUAAAGAGGCAGAUGCCAUAGCGGUGGAUGGUGGGGAGGUGUUCACUGCUGGAAAAUGUGGUCUGGUCCCUGUCAUGGUGGAGCAGUAUGAUGCAGUUCAGUGCAGCGCCCCUGGUGAGGCGUCAUCCUACUUUGCGGUGGCGGUGGCAAAGAAGGGAUCUGGGGUGACCUGGAAUACCCUGCAGGGCAAGAGGUCAUGCCACACCGGCUUGGGCAGGACCGCAGGCUGGAACAUACCCAUGGGUCUUAUCCAUAAGGAGACUAACAACUGCGACUUCACCACAUACUUCAGUAAGGGCUGUGCUCCUGGAUUUGAGGUGGAUUCUCCUUUCUGUGCCCAGUGUAAGGGCGGUGGGCAGUCCGUGGGAGGAGAUAGGGCCAGGUGCAUGGCCAGCUCUGAAGAGCAGUACUACGGCUAUACCGGAGCAUUCAGAUGUCUGGUUGAAGGUGCUGGAGAUGUUGCCUUCAUUAAACACACUAUUGUACCAGAGAACACUGAUGGUAGUGGUCCAGUUUGGGCACAGGACCUGAAGUCCUCUGACUUUGAACUACUCUGCCAGGAUGGUACUACCCAGCCAGUCACAAAGUUCCGUGACUGCCACCUGGCCAAGGUGCCCGCCCAUGCUGUGAUAACACGCCCAGAGUCCCGUGGAGAGGUUGUGUCCAUCCUUCUGGAGCAGCAGGCCAGGUUCGGCUCAAGCGGCAGCGAUUCCUCAUUUAAUAUGUUCCAGUCAGAUUUGGGAAAGAACUCGCUCUUCAAGGAUUCCACAAAGUGUCUCCAGGAGAUCCCAAGCGGCACCAAAUUCCAGGAUUUCCUUGGGGAAGAGUACAUGAUCGCCAUGCAAUCGCUCAGGGAGUGCUCCAACAGUACCUCAGAUUUGGAGAAGGCAUGCACUUUCCAUUCCUGCCAGCAGAAGAAAUAGUGGAGCUUACCUUUGUGGCAAACACACACUCUCUCUCCCAACCCCUCAACACUCAAGAAACCUAAGCAGUGACUGUAGAUGAAACUGUGAAUUCAGUUGAGAAGUUUUGUGCAAAACAAUCUUGUAUGAAAAUGUGCUUUUACGUUCCUUUGAUAAAACAAGUGUUAAAUGAAUUACGCUAAAUUACUACUACUGUUUACCUUGUAGUUGAAUUGUUAACCAAACCAUAACCAGUUCUUGAAGUAUUUCUAGGAGAUUACAGGUUUCUGAAAUAAUAAAAUCACCUUUUCUAUUCGCCGUCCUGCUCAUAAAUUGCAGUCUAACCAAACACUGAGGUCCAAUUCACAUUUGUUUUGGUUGUUGUUCAAUGAAUUGGCCAACAGCUUUGGCUUACUUUCUUGAAAUAAAGUGUACCCUUUUUCACAAGC